CGUGAUCACAGAAGGUAAAACCGAUGAAAUUCUCGAUUAUCCUCAAAUAAAUCCACAUGAUUGUCCUGUUGAUAAACAGGUUUGUGGUUGAACUUGUUGGUCGACAAGGCUACUCAUCUCAAAUCAGUGUAAAUCGGGGACUCCAGAAGAAUGGUAUUCCAUUAUAAAAUUGUGAUAGUGUUAGUGACAGUAUGUUUGGUGAAAUGCAGUCUUUCAAAAGACCUUAAUCACGACAUUCGCAACUAUAAGGAAAAGUCGAGCAGUGAUAUUGGCAUCAUUCGAAGACCUCGUGGAUAUGGCUCCCACCACUAUGACCCACAUGUACACAACACCCACCAACACCCUGUACAGCCUAUAAACGUCUAUUAUCAUCAUUCUGCGCAGACGCAUACUUGGCGCUACACCGCUCCGGUCCCAGUACAUGGGCAUUUCGGGCACGCACCGCAACCUUCAACACCCCAUGUUCCACAUUCAUACUACGAUUUACCUUACAAAACAGAAGAUUAUGAUUUUCCUGAACAAGACACUGUUGUUCACGAAGAUGAAUAUUACCAUGAACCACCACCAUCACAAAUGAACAUUUUUUUUGACGCUGCUCAUAGAAUACCAACAGACAUAAAAACAUUUAUUCAAGACUUCCAUAAAACAAAUUUAAAUGAUGAUGAUAUUUUAAAAUUUAAACAAACAAAUACAUAUUUUGAAAAUUCAGAUGAAUUAAAGAAGCAUAAUAUUGCCACUCAAUCUAGUGAUGAACGACUACAAACUACAACGGUUAACACUUGUCGUGAAAACUUACAGACAACUACUCCAAGCAUAAACACCAACGGUAAUAAUGAUAAGAGUGAUGUAAGUUCAGACCGUGCGAGAGAUGAUAGCAAUAGUGAACCAGUAGACGGACGAAUGCAAACAUUUACGACAACAACAAUACCGUCUACAGAAGAAACAAGUGAACAAGACAGAAUACUAUUAAAAAAUAUUCCAUCAGAAACUGAAAACUCAACGACGACUGGAGGGUUCGCAGUUCGUUUGCAAGAUGUUUUCUCCAAUGAAAUAUUACCCACUGACCCUUGCACACCUUAUAAUCCUGAAACACCUGAUUUCUCCGCGAAUGGACUAAAAACAAACCAAAUCAGUGAAGCACACAGAGCAGAGGAAUCACGUAAACAAGGCUUACUUCUCGGUUCUGCAUUCGCUUACGGGGGAAGAUCCACAGCUAUUGGAGAAUUUCCCCACAUGGGCGCCAUAGGUUGGAGAGCGGCUGAUCCAAACGCUACUGCGUGGGUGUUCAAGUGUGGCUCCACACUGAUCAGCCCCAAGUUUGUGCUGACGGCCGCUCACUGCACGCACAUCCCUAUAGACUCCACCAUCGCUGAGUCUGAACCAAAGAUUGUGAGACUAGGGGACAAGAAUAUUGUAUCUGGCGUUGCAGCUUACGACGUGGAGAUUCUUCGAUCUAUUGUUCACCCUAUGUACGAAUCUCCUAAGAAAUACUACGAUAUAGCUCUUAUCGAGCUAAGCAGGGAGGUGGGGUUUACCAAUGGCAUCCGACCAGCAUGCUUAUGGAAUGAUUUUGAAACAAAUAGUCUUGAAAAUACUACAGUGACAGGCUGGGGAGCUGUUGAUAAAGUGAGAUUUUCAAUCUCUCCAGAGCUGCAAGUGGUGAAUAUUGACGUGAUAGACUCUGUGUCUUGCGAUCGUCUGUUGAGAAGGUACUGCAACAGGAACUUCUGCGGAGUGCAGGAGCACCAAGUGUGCGGCGGAGUGCUGGCUGGAGGCAUCGACUCCUGCCAGGGUGACUCCGGGGGUCCGUUCCAGGCGGAGCUGCCCCUGCCCGGGGGCACGGGGGGGCACAUGCACCACGUGUUCGGGGUCACGUCGUUCGGCGUCGGCUGCGCGGAGCCGAACACUCCCGCCGUCUACACGAGGGUCUCCGCGUUCGUCGAUUGGAUUGAGAGCAUCGUUUGGUGAUCGAUUGUAAUUUUAAUGGAUUCGAUAAUAAACUGUUCAAAUUGU